AUGGAAAACCAAACAAUUGAGUAUUUGUUGGUGCUCAAUGGAAUGUCGGAUCUUCCCAGUCUUCAACUUCCACUUUUUCUGGUGUUUCUCCUCAUCUACUUUAUGACUCUGACUGGGAACCUUCUCAUCCUUUAUCUGAUCAUCACUGAUUCCCAUCUUCAAACUCCAAUGUACUUCUUCCUUGGAACCCUAGCAUGUCUGGAUAUUAGUUACUCCUCAGUCACUGCCCCAAGAAUGCUCUUUGAUUUACUCAGAAAAAGAAGAUCCAUUUCUGUGCAGGCUUGUAUAACUCAGAUCUACUUCUUCAUCUGUUUUGGUGUAUCAGAGACAAUUGUUUUGGCAGUGAUGUCCUAUGACAGAUACAUUGCCAUAUGUCGGCCUCUUCACUACAUGCAGAUAAUGAACUGGAAUGUUUGUGUUCAGAUUGUAUCAGGUAUGUUGGUUUUUAGUGGACUCUAUUCCUUGAUGCACACUCUUUUUUUAUCUAAACUGACAUUUUGCAGUUCAAAUGUUUUGCAAAGUUUUUUUUGUGACCUGCCCCAGUUGCUUCAAGUCUCCUGUAGUGACACAUUUAUCAAUGCAUUACUUAUAUUUCUCUCUGGGAUAAUUUUUCAGUUAGGCAUCGUAGGAGUCACCUUUUUCCCAUACAUCACUAUAAUCACAACUGUGCUGAAAAUCCCAUCAAGAAACAUGAGAUCCAAAGCUUUCUCCACCUGCUCCUCUCAUCUAACUGUGGUCUUUAUCUUUUACAGCACUAUUAUCUUCAACUAUUUUCUCUUGAAUACAAAUAAUGUGACUGAGGAGAAAGUGGCUUCUGUAUUUUAUGCAAUAUUAGAUCCUUUUUUAAACCCUUUAAUCUACAGCCUGAGAAACCAAGAGCUGAAAAUGUCCAUAAGAAGAGCUUUACAAAAACUGUAA